GGGGGUGUACCGUUGCUUCCCUCCUCCCGGUUUUCGGUAGCUGGUUGCUGUGGCAACCAGUCCACUGCCCCCUGUGAUGCUCAGUGGACUGUGGAUGAAGUUUAUCUAAGGCACUUCAGCUUCACUGAGCUGAUGGGUGUGCAGGCAGCCUUGCCUUAGGGAAGGAAGAUCUUCCGCCCAGGAGGAAAAAGACACCCAGGCCUGGCUUGGGGCCAAGGUGGCCAAACCACAGCGGUAGCACUUCCGAAACCUCCACCUGGCGAGCCCCUCGCCACUGUCUCUGUGGCCGGGUUCGUCUCUGGGAAAAGCAGGUGGCCACUUGCCAAGGAAGGGGAAGGCCCAGCCCUGGGAGAGACAGAGCUAAUGGGAAAGCAGAAAUCCAGAAUGGGGCGGCAGACGAAGGCACAGCCUUAGGAAGCCGGUGCUCACAGAUGCAACGCCCAGGGGAGGCUCGGCACUGGGAAGACGGGAACGUGGCAAGGGCCGAAGAGGCGCUCGCUUUUAUGUCACCUGCCACAUGGGGAAAACUGGAGCCGCGCAAGGCGCUGUAGAUCCCAGUCUGGCGUGCCAGGGCCAGCUCUCUUCCAAAACGGAGCUUGAGAUCCUGUUGCCGACCAACGGCUCGCUCUCCGCUCCCAUUUGCUUGGCUUUUUUUCCUGCCUCACGGGGCUCCCUGAUGGUACCCUGAGAUUCUUGGCCAACAGAGCUGCUGCCCUCUUCUCUUCUCGCCUUGGGAACAUCAGCCCCCAGGAGAGGCGAGAUCAUGAACCCUGUUCUCCUGACAAAGUAUGGGUCCCCCCCUCGCAGCUGGCUCGGGCUCCGUUUGGGAACAAACGAACGGGCCGCGGCGGAAGAGAAGGUCGUGCAGUGCCAGAACCCAACCUGUGCCGACAAACGGAGAGCCCUCAAGGUAUGCCACCACGCCGAGUGCCAGCAGGCGAACCAGGGCAACCCCCUUCAUCUGUGUGAGGGGUGUGACGGACGCUUCCACAGCACCAUGCACUUUGACCGCCACAUCCGCUUUGACCUGCCCCCGCAAGGUUCGAUCUUAGCCCGGAAUGUCUCCACCCGGUCUUGCCCUCCUCGCACCAGCCCGGCCUCGGACAUGGAGGAGGAAGAGGAAGGGCUGAAUGAUGGGAAAGGGGACAAGAAAAUCUCGGCCUUGAAGCUUCCUAAGAAGAAAGCCCGGAGGAGACACACCGAUGACCCGAGCAAAGAAUGCUUCACCUUGAAGUUUGACCUGAACGUGGACAUUGAGACGGAGAUUGUCCCGGCCAUGAAGAAGAAGUCGCUGGGUGAAGUGCUGCUUCCCAUCUUUGAGAGGAAAGGGAUCGAACUGUCAAAAGUGGAUGUUUACCUGGAUCAGUCCAACACCCCUCUUUUGCUCCACUUCGAGGCGUACCGCUUUGGGGGCCACUAUCUCCGGGUGAAAGCCAAACCUGGGGAUGAGCUGAAAGUGGAGCAGGCGGUGAAAGAUUUCAAGUCCCAGAGUCUGCCCCUCCUGCGCCCCUCGGGCCUGAGCCCCUCCCUGUCCUGCACCCCGUCUCUGGACCGGUUGGAGCAUCUUUCCUUUCGCAAGGAUGGCCCUGACAUUCUGGCGCCUGGGCGGCAGAGGAAGAACAUGAAUGAGUUUCUGGGGGACGCCAACAUCCCCAACCAGGAUCCCUCCCAGCAGCCGCUCAACCCCUCCUGGUCCAGCAAUGGGACCGACACCUGGAAGAACCGGGCGGCCAGUCGAUUCAGUGGCUUCUUCGGCUCCAGCAGCAGCGCCACUCCCUGCCUGCGGGAGAUGGACAAGAUGGAGCAGCUGGAAAGCAAGCUGUACACCUAUGCCCUCUUUGGCCUGCCCAGGUUCCCGCAGCCGCUGCGCUUCGACCAGGAUUCCUGGGAGGAGGAAGAGGAGGACGACGCCAGCCUGUGCCUGGAGGAGAGCUGGCAGGAGAUCGUGGAGGGCAGUGAGGCUCUGACGCGCCGCCAGUGCCACCAGCAGGAAGCCAUCUGGGAGCUGUUGCACACGGAGGCUUCCUACAUCAAGAAGCUGAAAGUCAUCACCGACCUCUUCCUGUGUUGCCUCUUAAACCUACAAGACUCGGGGCUGUUGUGCGAGGUGGAAGCCGACCGCCUCUUCAGCAACAUCCAGGAAAUCAUCCAGCUGCACCGGGCGCUCUGGCAGAGCGUCAUGCUCCCCAUCCUGAACAAAGCCAGGGCGAGCCGGGCCUUGCUGGACCCCACCGACUUCUCCAAGGGCUUCAAGUCGUUUGGCUCCCACUUCAAGCCUUACAUCCGCUACUGCAUGGAAGAGGAAGGGUGCAUGGAAUACAUGCGCAAUCUGCUUCGUGACAACGAACUCUUUCGCGUCUACGUCACGUGGGCAGAGAAGCACAAGCAGUGCAACCGGCUGAAGUUGAGCGACAUGCUAGUGAAGCCCCACCAGCGCCUCACCAAGUACCCCCUGCUCCUGAAGUCGGUGCUCAAGAAGACGGAGGAGCCCCGGACCCGAGAGGCGAUUGUCGCCAUGAUCAACUCCGUGGAGCGCUUCAUCAACCACGUCAACUCGCGCAUGCGUCAGCGGCAGGAGCAGCAGCGCCUGGCCUCCAUCGUCAGCCGCAUCGAUGCCUACGAGGUGGUGGAGGGCAGCACGGACGAAGUUGACAAGAUCCUGAAGGAGUUUCUGCACCUGGACUUGACAGCUCCUAUCCGGGGAGCCUCGGCAGAGGAGUCUCGUCAGCUUUUGCUGGAAGGGAGCCUGAAAAUGAAAGAAGGGAAGGACAGCAAGAUGGACGUUUACUGCUUCCUCUUCACCGAUCUCUUCCUUAUCACCAAGCCCGUGAAGAAGGCUGAACGCACCAAGGUUAUCCGGCAGCCUCUCCUGGUUGACAAGGUGGUGUGCCGCGCUCUGAAGGAUCCCGGUUCCUUCUUGCUGAUCUAUCUCAAUGAGUUCCGGAGCGCCGUUUGUGCCUACACGUUCCAGACCAGCGGGCAGUCUCUGUGCCGGAGCUGGAUCGAUGCCCUCUGCAACGCCCAGAACAAGCUACAGCACCUGCGCCUUCAAGAACUCCAGCGUGCUCAGCAGCAGCUACACAGCCUGGAGGAGGAAGAAGAGGAGGAGGAAGAGGAGGAGGUUGAAGAAGAGGAGGAGGAGGAAGAGGAAGAGGAGGGCGAGAGCGGGACCUCUGGAGGCAGUUCCCCCACGAUUCUCCGCAAGAGCACCAACAGCUUGGACUCUCAGCAGUGCCUCUCUGACGGCUCUACUGAGACCAUCUCCGUCGUGGUGGUCGACGCCAGCGAGGGGCCCCCUUCCCCCGAUUUUGAGGUCGGCCCCUUCGGCUCCUCGCAGUCGGAUGAGGCGUCCAUCAGCACCACAGCCUCCUCGACCACUCCCACCCUGGAAGGGGGCGAGGCCCUCCCUGUCGGCACCACCGAGCCAGGGCUGAAACCCGACUCGGGGUCCUGCCGCUCGUCCUCCAUUGACAGCGCCUACGGGACACUUUCGCCCACCUCCAUCCAGGAGUUUGCGGAGCAGCAGCGAGGAGAGCUGCCGGCACCACCAGCGCCAGCUGUGGCGGCUGGCAUGGGGCAGGACGGGGAGGAAGGCCCGGCGGCCCCUUCCCAAAGGGCAGGCUCCCCGAAGCUGCGCCGGCAAACGCCCGUCCAGCUGCUGCCAGCCAAAUCCAAGGUCUUGAAGUCCAAGUCGGAGGCCAACCUCCUGCAGCUGGCUCCGGCUUGCCUGCAGCCCAUGAGCCAGAGCCAGAGCCUCUCCGAACUCGGCCCGGCCGCCUUCCUCCUGGGCGCCCCACGGACGAACGGGCCCCAGAGCUCGGGGUUCGAAAAAACAGGGCACCCCCGCGGCUCUGACCACAGCAGCAGCGGCAGCAGCAGCGGCUCGGAGCUCUCCGAGACCGAGGACCUGGCCUUGCCCGGGCGGUGUAUUUCUCCAGCUUCGGUGCAAGCUGACCCAGACGGGCUGCGGACCCCGUCCCGUUGGCUCUCCGGAGAGCCGCGCCACCACCAAGGGGAAGAGCUGCCCACCCCCCAACGGACGCUUUCGGACCCUCAGGCGAUCCAGCACCGCAAACUGACGCUGGCGCAGCUCUACCGGAUCCGGACCACCCUACUGCUCAACUCCACACUCACAGCCUCGGAGGUAUGAGGCCGUCAAGAAGAAGGCAAGACGAGUCACCGGUCCGCCACCUCUAGCGUCAGGGAUUCCUCCUGUAUUUCAAUGAACUGGCCCCAGAGACGUUCACCUGCUCGCGGGGUGGUGCUCUUCCACCAGCAGGGAGGGUGGAUCAGGGCACAAGACGGACCAUCUCAUGAGCAGAGAACCCGCAGAGAGGACCCUGCCGGUCAUGAACUUCCACGUGGGCAGGCUGGACGUGCAUCGAUGCGUGCCGAUGUGUGUUUGCGUGUCAGAUGUCUGUGUUUCUGUGGCCGCCAUGCACAUCGGGGUCUGGGUGCGUGGAGGACGUGAGAGGCAACAGUGCGACGGGGAGACGAAAAAGGUCUGGCGUCCAUCCAGCAAGGGUUCUUGGAGAGGCCGAGGUUGCGUCGGCCUCCCCUUUCGGGCACUAAGCGGAAGGCUCCGAGGCUUUUUCAAGGCCCUGUGGUUGAAGAGGCGCCGUAGAUUCGCCUACCUUUGAGAAGGACCUCUGGGGGCGGAGGUGAUGGGUUGGGGGGGUCCUUCCCCAAAGAGUGCACUUUUGGAAUGCGGCCGCAGCAUCCCGUGUCCGCCCCGCUGGACCUCGAUCCGCCGGUGGUUGCGAGUCACAACAGAGCCCUCCCCUCCGAUUCAGUCAUAAACCAAAGGACAUGUCCCGCUGGAGCCCUGCUUGUGAGGAACGGGAGUUGCGCACGGCCACCGACGCUCUCCAAGGCUCAGGUUGGUCCGUUCCCGCUUGGCCGCCUCCCUUCCUGGCUGCCCUUCCAGCCUUCUUCUUGGCUGGAUGCUUCAGAUCAUUGAAGGAUGCCUUCGGAAGGAGGCCACAGGUCCACCCCCAGCCUGAGGAGGUCCUUCCGCCCCCCUGACCCACUCACCCCCACCUAGAGAGGUGGGCAGUUGUAGGGGGCAACCAUCCUGUGGGGUCCUGUGCUCUACACAUCAGAUGGUGGAGCGAAUUCAGCCUUUGCAACUGAGCUGUUUUGUGGUUGCAAACCUACCUGGCCGCCAAAUUCAGGAAGAUAUGGGAAGGUGUCUUUUUUCCUAUCUGAAGUGUAUGCAAAACAAAACAACAACAACAAACCAAAAAAACAGGGAGUAGGGGGGGAAAUAUCCAAAACAAAACCUUCAGAUGUCCUAAUGUGGAGUUUUUCUGAGGAGGGCAUCUGGCCACGUGGUAGGGCUUGCCGGUCGCUUCCAGGAGCAUAAGCUGAGCCACCAAGCUGAGGACCAGGAAGAUGAGAGAGAGAGAGAGAGAGAGUUUUCACUUCUGGCCAGUUUGGUGUGGUUCCAGGACCAGUAUGGCAUGCCCCCCCCAUCAAGUCUGCAAAGGCUCUCUGCACUCGGAGAUCUCUGUGGCUGAGGAAAGGAAGGUGGAACGAGAACGUUGGGAAGGAAAGGAGGAGGGGACGGUGUGGUUGACGGGCCAGGAAUUAGGGCGACCUUGGUCUGAGGAGGGAGGGCAGAGAGCACUUGGCUGCCUCCCAGCCAAGAGGGACAAGGGUCAGGAAGGAGCAGAAAGGGGAGAGAUGAAGGGAAAGCCAGCCUCGCUGUGGUGCCAGCCGGGCAUUUGAGAAAAGAAAACAGAGGAAGGGGAGAACGAGCCACAUGGUUCAUGUAACACACACACACAGAGGGAAGUUGGGUCUUCAAGUUCAGGGUGGGUAGCUGACGAUUUCUAAAUGAGCUGGCACUGCCAGCCCAGAUGGGUGAUGUCAGUAGAGGGUUUGAAAUGGAAGUCAGAUGCCAGGGUGGGAAAGGAAGUGGCCCUUUUAAAAUCCCAACUCCUGGGGAAGGCACCUUUCUUGCUGAGGAAGUGACCCACCUCUUUCCAAGCCAGGUGCUUGACUUUGCCCUGGUGGCAAAUGGACCCCUCUCCCCACCCCACCACCACCACUCACCAGCUCCAUUCAUGCGUUGACAAGACGUGGCAUGGACUCAGGUCCCUCUCCCAUUUCCCUGACCCCCCACCGCCGACCCCACAAGGGAAAAAUCAGAGCCCAGGUUGUCUUUCCUACUGGUUAACAAGAUGGUCAACUUCUUCCUCGUUAAAUCCAAAGUAUGUCCAUGGGUGUUAGUGGCUGUACAGUGGCGAACGGAGCUAUAAGAAGUCUAUUGGAGGGGGGUGGUUCGUUAAUUUUGUAUAUUCUCUUCCCCACCCCUUCCCAGUUUGAAUUCCCGGCGAAAGAUUUAGCCAGCUGACCUGUUUUUGUGUGGUUUUAAGGUUGCGUAUUUAUUAAACUGAAUCCUGCCCCUUACCUUCCAAGCCCACCUCCCCAUGUUUAUACAUAUUUUCUCCUUGGAGGCUUUCCAAGUCCGGUUCAUUUUAUACCAUGUUGUGUAAUGAUGUCUGUGCGCCCCCACAUCCUCUCUCCUUCCCUACCCCAGUAUGGUCCAAGUUGCCCAUUUCAGUAGCCCCUCUUAAUUGCUAAUAUUUCUGCUCCACGCUGUCACCGUAAUGGAUCAACCAUUAAACAUAGACCAGAUCUC